AUUUCAGAUACGCUUUGGCAGCCAGAGGUAAAUAAAGCAAUUUCCACCGUCGUCUCUACAUUCAAAUUUGUCAAGCGGUUUUAUUAGGCUACAUGAAAACAUCUUUUGCGAUGUUUUCUUUGUUUCUCGUUAUGAGUUUGAUGUUGGUCACAUCGCAAGCGGCCCAAUUUGAUGACGUUUGCAGUUUGAAGCGAGAAUCCGUCAAGUGCCGAACAUUACUUCCCACUUGGUAUUUCGACAAAGCGACUGGAACUUGUUACUCGUUCAACAUCGGUGAAUGCAGCAGCAACUUUAACAGUUUCGGGACAAAAAAGAUAUGUGAGAAGAGGUGCGCAACACCGGCAAAUGUGUGCACUUUAAAAAAAGACUCUGGAAUGUGCCGAGCGGCGGUAACUGCGUGGUAUUUCGAUCCGCCAACUGACUCGCGUAAUAAAGGCGAAUGCAAAAAUUUUAUUUACGGCGGCUGCGGUGGCAACGCAAAUCGUUUCGCGUCCAAGAAGAAAUGCGACGACAUGUGCGCUUACUUACCCUUUGGAGCCUCAAAAUAAUUAACCUACUAGAUGUUUCCCGCGACUAUAAAACUAACGAACAACAAAAUCUUCGUUGGAUGAUGAAUUGCUAAGAAGAAGACCAUUCAGGCUAAACCGUUAACUUUUGUGCACCACCUCCUUUGCUAUUUAAAAUUUUAUCCUUAUAAUUGGCUAUAGUUCCGGAAA